GGUCCUUUUCUGAUUGAUUCUUUGAUAAGACAAGAAACAAUUAUCAGGAUUCACAUUGUUCUAGUUGCCCUUAUAUUACUGUUUCUGCUUCUCUCAUCAUUAGAAGGGUCCUACCUAGUAAAAUAGUUUAGAGGGUUUCUCCUUUAAAAAGCACAUGACUUCAGUACCAGACUGGAAGUUUCUGUCAUCACUAGUCAAGGAUUGCUAGAUUUAAUGAAGUUUUUAACUUUGGUCAAAUAUGACUAUACUGCCCCAAGUAGUGGUCUAGUGGAUGAGCAGUUGCACUUGAAAAUCUCUUUCAGUGGCAGGUGGGAAUCUGAACCCCACCAUAAACAAUUUGGAGAUGAGUUCUAGCAAUUUGGUUUAGAGUUGGGGUUAGGUUCCUUAUGUGCAGAAGGGUAUAAUUUGGUGUGGAGCUUGAAGCUAGGAAGGCGGGUUCAUAGGGUCUAGGUGUUUGGCAAAGCUGGGAAACUUGUGUUAGGAAUAAAAAUAAAAAUAAAAAUAAAAAUAAAUAAAUAAUAAUAAAAAUGACUGUAUGUACUAUGUACAUUUACCCUUUUCAAUACUUAUCUACUGAUGGUAGGUCCCUUGGUGGAUAUUUUCCAAUUUCCAUACUGGUGUCACAACCAUUAUCUGUAAGGCUGAUACUUUAGUAAAAUAUGUGAACAUUACUGGCAGCUAUCCUUAAACACAAAAACUACAAGCUACUUGACAAUUGAAUGCAACAACCACAGGAGCCAAGAGUAGUGUUUGUAUUGGAGACUUACAUGUAGUUCUUUGACUUUUAAAUUAGAUUUAUAAAGGGAGGAAGUACUUGUAACCAAAAGAGAUUAAAGAUUAAUGGCGACUGCUGCUAAGAGGUUGAAAGGAAAAGUAGCAUUAAUUACUGGUGGUGUUGGUGGAAUCGGAUCUAGGAUCGCUCAGCUAUUCUGUCAACAUGGUGCCAAAGUCCUAAUAGCCGACAUCCGAGAUGAUCAAACCCAAUCUAUCUGCAAAGAUUUGGGUCCUAGUAACGCUUCCUUUGUUCACUGUGAUGUCACAAGCGAACCAGAUGUCCAAAAUGCUGUCAACAAAGCAGUCUCUAUCCAUGGAAGGCUUGAUAUAAUGAUCAACAAUGCAGGCAUCAUGGGAGCCAACGUAUCCGACAUUCUUGACAGCGACAUAACAGAUUUCAUCAACGUCUUUCGUGUUAAUGUCACCGGUGCGUUUCUGGGAACGAAACACGCUGCUCGUGUGAUGAAACCCGUGCAAAAGGGGAGCAUAAUAAACAUGGCUAGUACUUCUGGUGUUGUUGCCGGGUCUACUCCACAUGCUUAUACGUGCUCAAAGCACGCCAUCAUUGGCCUGACUAAGAACACGGCCAUAGACUUGGGCCGAUACGGUGUCCGUGUGAACUGCGUUUCCCCUUAUGCAGUUCCUACACGGAUGGCAAGGGCCUUUCUGGGUUUGGCAGAGGAUGACAAAUUUGAUGUGCAUUCAAACCUUAAAGGUGUUGAUUUGAUGGCAGAGGAUGUUGCAGAGGCUGUUCUUUAUCUAGCAAGUGAUGAGUCCAAGUAUGUCAAUGGCCACAAUCUUGUUGUGGAUGGUGGCUUCACCAUUUCUAAUUUAGCUUUAAAUCUUUACGACCAAUAAAUAUAAACAAUAAUACAUAUGUAUUCAGAGAGCGUUUAGUAGCACCAAAAAAAAAAGAGAGCGUUUAGUUUUUUUUUUUUUUUUUGAAGAUAAGAGAACGUUUACUAUAUGUUAUGUUAAAAGUUUAAAACUAAAAGAAAUUACAGAGGAUGUAAUAUUAUUUUGUGUGUUUAAUGUA